UUGACGACACUCACGGAAGUAGGCUAGUCCACUCCCCGUCUGUAAUGUUUAGAAGCUUUGGCCAUCAUGGCUCUGCCAGUUAGUAUAGGAGCUUUUUUACAGUCUGAGAUUAUAGAGGACCCUCUAUACAAAGAUGAGGGUGUUUGUGUUUUGGGAAUAUUUGGUAAAAGCGCAAUGCAACCCGGAUCCCCCAAAGAAUCACUCCUCAACACACUGGCUGACAAGCACAUUUUCUCUCUGUUUGGGCUAGGUGACACGGAUAACCAGGAAAGUGGAGCCGUGAUUCAGGCGUAUUAUAAUCAAGAAAGCCGCGUAUUAUAUCUCGUGCUGACUUCAGUGUUUGAUAAUCGACAGCUUCUCAAAGCAUGUGAGACUUUGUGCGCGGGUGUCGGACACGCAGAGGCUCACGAGUUCUGGAAGGGAGCUGAGAAGCAACACUGUAUGCAGUUGCUCUACCUUUUCUCAUUGUGCCAUGUUCUUUUGUUAAUACACCCGACCUGCUCAUUUGAUGUGACUUAUGACAAACUGUUCCGCGCUUUGGACGCACUUCGUCAAAAGGUACUACCACUACUAAGGGCUACUUUGAAAGAUUCGCCCGUUUCAAAAGAAUGGAAGAUGAACUGUCGCCCGUGUCCGCCUCGUUUGUUGUUCGUGUUCCAAAUGAACGGUACACUCAGAGUCAGUGGUCCUGGAAGUGGGAACGGCGCCGAUGGUUGUGGAGGAAACUCGGACAGGCCCAAAAAGCAUUCUCCGCGAAGACGCCUGCAACACGCUCUUGAGGAUCAAAUUUAUAGAAUUUUUCGUAAAAGUCGAGUCCUCACCAAUCAAAGCAGCAACUGUCUCUUUACAGUACCUGCUAACCAGGCAUUUGUGUACGUCGUUCCUGGACCCGACGAAGAUCCAGUCGGUGCGCUGCUGACUCAGUUGCGCUCCAACUGCGCCCUGCGGGAAAAUGACACAGGCACUCCAGCACCAGGUCCAAGGCGCUACAACCAAAUGCGCCACUCGUCUAGACAGCCCUCUUUCAAUGUGGAGAACACGAACCUCUCCUCCGGGGGUCAGCUCGUGGACUGCACUUUGAAGGAGUUUUUGUGGCAGCAUGUGGAGUUAGUGCUGACCAAGAAAGGCUUCGAUGACAGUGUGGGUCGCAAUCCCCAGCCCUCACAUUUUGAGUUGCCCACUUACUCCAGAUGGGCGCAGGUGGCCUACCGUCUUCACCAAGUGAUGAUGACCAACACAGAAGAGGAAAUGGCUGAGAUCGCCAUCAAAGUCCAGGCACAGCUGAAAGUGUUGGAGGGCUUCCUGGACGCCGAGGCCAAGUUCUCUGAGAACCGUUGCCAGAAGGCUCUCCCUCUGGCCCAUAGCGCUUACCAGUCCAACCUUCCUCACAACUACACGACCACGGUCCACAAAAACCAGCUGGCCCAAGCACUGCGCGUCUACAGUCAGCAUGCUCGUGGCAUCGCCUUCCAGCGCUACGCCAUGCAGCUGCAUGAGGACUGCUAUAAGUUCUGGAGCAAUGGGCACCAGCUGUGUGAGGAGCGGAGCCUCACUGACCAGCACUGUGUGCACAAGUUCCAUCUCCUGCCCAAGCCAGGAGAAAAGCCAGAGUUGGACCACAACCCUCCAAUCAUGCAGCACAACAGCAGGGGGCGCUCUAGCAGCGCCUGUAACUGUGGCAGGAAGCAGAGCCCUCGGGAAGACCCCUUUGAUAUUCAGGCAGCCAACUAUGACUUCUACCAGAUGCUGGAGGAGAAGUGCUGUGGGAAGCUGGAGCGGAUCCAGUUCCCAGUGUUCCAGGCCAGCACCCCUGACCCGGCCCCGGCCAGCGACGACACCAGCCGGACCCCUGAACCGGCGCUCCCUGCUGGUGAGGAGGAGGAGGGCGAGCACCUGAAGGAGAAAGAGGGCGCUGUGAGCCACACGCCGGGCGACAGCACGGGCCUGAGCUUGGCCCUGAGCCUGGGCCAGUCCACGGACAGCCUGGGGCCGUACGGGGACGGCACGGAGGGCCCGGAGAAGAGGCCCAGCGUGGUGGACCGCCAGCACUCCACCGUGGAGUACCUGCCCGGCAUGCUGCACUCCGGCUGCUCCAAGGGGCUGCUGCCCAAGUUCUCCAGCUGGUCGCUGGUCAAGCUGGGCCCGGCCAAGUCCUACAACCCACACACAGGCCUGGAGCAGCCUGGCUUCCUGCCCGGUUCCAACUUCUUGCUGCCUUGGGAUGUGGUCAUCCGCUGCCGCACGGAGGAGGACGUGGGCGCGGUGGAGCCGCUGGACGGCAGCUCCUCGUCCUGGCCUGCCCCCAACAAGGCGCUGGCUGGGAAGCGUGGUGGGGCGGGGUACCUGUGGCGCGGCCGUCGCCGGGACGACGUAGCUCGGGCCUUCGUGGGCUUUGAGUACGAAGACAGCAGGGGCCGGCGGUUCCUCAGCUCGGCACCUGACAAGGUGGUGAAGGUGCUGGGUCCGGGCGGUGCCAAAGAGCCGGCCACCAGGGCGCUCAACUCGGACAUGCCCCUGUACGUCCCCUCGCCCUCACAAGGCCGCGGCGUCAAGCCCCACUUCGCCCAGCUGGCACGCCUCUUCAUCGUGGUGCCUGACGCCCCUCUGGAGCUCACGCUCAGCCCUCAGGUGCAGCCAGGGCUGCCCCCAUGUCCGGUGUUCCACCCCGAGCAGCCGGAGGUGGUGCUGGCGCCGGACAGCAUGUGGGUCCUGCGCUUCCCCUACGCCUACGUGACGGACCGCGGGCCCUGCUACCCGCCCAAGGAGAACCAGCCCCUGGCCAGCUACAGGGUUCUGAGGGGCAUCCUGCGCGCCAACACAGCCAGUCCCCCACCGCAGUGAGCCUGUGCACUCUCUGGCGCCUCCAAUUGACUUGGCAAUGAUGAGAAUCAGGAGUGUUGGCUUUGAUGGAAUCAUGGACAUUGGCUGACAGUGACUGAUUUGGAAUUUUUCAGCUGUAACGGUGACCUCAGCCUGAGAGUGACGCUGUGCACCUGGUGUCAUCUCUAUGUCCAGUUAAGGUUACUGUUGCAGCACUCUUCUGUCCAGCUGCUUGAUGUGUUCAUGUACAUCUUGUUCUGAAAUAAUAAUGUCAGGUGAACCCAUUGUUUGGUCUUUCAUACUGAAGGAAUUGUGACGGUGAUGUGCUAGAGACCCAUUCACAUUUGCUUCGAGGGAACUGUGAUUUUCCUCUGAAUAAACUAAACAUUGAUGAA